AUGAAAGCAAGUGCGGAUAUUUUUGAUGUUAUGGGUCUGCACGCUGUGAUCGUUUAUCUAAUGGCUGGAAAAAGUGAGAUUCGAUUCCUGGCUGUCGGUUUAGGUUGGGCAUUUGCUCACAGUGUAGCUAGUCGUUUAGUCGGUUUUUGGGUUGGUGCGCGAGCAGUGGCAUUUCACUGGAAAUAUAUUCAAAUGGCACUAAAUUCCAAUAUUGACCUAAUUUUUUAUGUUGCAAUGGCAGCAUUGGUAUGGUUAUUCACCCGCAAUGAUCUCCGAUUAGGGAUGAAACGAAUAGUUGCAUUGUUGAUUGCACUUUGUGUUUUUCAUGAGUUCGUUGAGCAAGCGAGUGUUGCAUAUUUGGGUCUUCGAUCUUGGACAUUGCUUGGAGCAAGGGCGGCAUUUACUACGGGACUUGCGAUAGGAACAUUGGUUGCAUAUUCAUCGCUUGGAAUGCAUUUCACGCAAUACCGAAGUUAG